AAACCAAAGGCUUGUACAAAAAAUUUUCUAAGAUGAUCAAAUGGAUGAGAAAUUAUAUCUAAAAACCAGACAUCAUAAAGUAUAUUGAUUUGUUGUACAGGCAUUCUAAAAAUUUUUGGAGUUUCUAAUGAUAUAAAAAAAUUAAAAUUUCAAGAAAUGGAUUUCAAUUCAGUAUUUGGAAAAAAAUUUUUCAAUAAAACAUAAAAAAAACAUAUAUUAUAUAAUUAUAUUUUUAUUACAUUUUGGCAAAUGAACUUAUAUAUGCAUAAUGCAGAGAUUUUAUGCAAUAUUUUUUUUAAUAUGUGCAUCCACUGCACAAUUAUCCAAUGAAUGCAAUGAUCCUAAUUGGCAUACAUUGGAGAUGUUACAAAAUGCCAAAUCAGAUUGUGGACCAUUUUUUAAAAAUCGUUGCUACUGUAUGAAAACAUGUUAUGAAAAUCAUUAUCAAUAUGUUGUUAAUUGCACUAAUUCUGGAUUUAAUACUACGGCACCAUUAUCACAUUUGCCGAAUAAAACACAAGUACUCAUAUUCACCGGAAAUUAUAUCGAAGAACUUCCAUGGAAUGUAUUUGGUACUUUGGAUAGCUUACCUAAUCUAAGAGUUAUCGAUAUGUCAAAUAAUAAAAUAAGGGAAAUUCGAGGAAAAACAUAUCAUCAUGUUCAACGUGUUGAACGACUUAUUUUAGAUUUCAAUAAUCUUUCAUUAGAUCCUGAAAGAAGGCAUCCUAGAGUAUUUUCUAAUUUUGUAUCUCUUUUGGAACUCCAUUUAACUGAUGCUUUCGAGAAUGGACCACCAAGAGAUCUUGCAGCGACAUUACACGAUAUUUUUGUAAAUAGUAAUUUAACACAAUUGAUAAAGCUCCAUUUAGAACAAAAUGAAAUAUCAGAAUUUCGAGACAGUAAUGUAUUCUGUGAUCUUCCAAAUCUUUUGGAUCUCUAUUUAGGAGACAAUACUCUGACUGCUUUACAUUUUAAUAUAUCUUGUCUCCGCAAAUUACAUUUCUUAGAUCUCCAACGAAAUAAGUUUACAAAAAUUCUUGAACGUGAUCUGCAUACUAUGGAUACACUUGUCAAACAUAAUCAAAACAUAGCAGUGGAUUUUACUGCAAAUCCAUUUGAAUGUUCCUGUAAACUGAACCCAUUUAUCAAAUGGUUGAAUAAAACGAAAGUGUUCGUUCGUAACAAGGAUAAUUUGAGAUGUUACGAAGAUAACAUAUCUCAUGAGUUAUAUGAAAUAAAAAACUGUACACCAAAAUUGUUCUCAUCAACAGCACGUGGUGCAACUAUUUUACUGUUUUUACUUUCAAUAGUGUUAAUAGGACUAGUGUGUGCUUUAAUUUAUGUACAACGCACAAAAUUACAAAAAAAAAUCGAACCCAUAUUAGACUCGGUAAAUAAAAAGGUGCGAUAUACAUCGAUAGCAACCGGUGAUACACGUGAAGAUGUAUAAAUAAAAAAAAAAAAAAUGUCAUCAGUUAAACGUCUUCGUCUCGAUGAAGUCGUCGCAUCAUUUCCAGAACUAGGACCCACAGUUCCAGAUGGUGGUUAUGCAUGGAUUAUUCUUUUUGGAGUUUUUUUAGUUCAGAUGACUGUUCCAAGCAUACUAGCAAUGUAUGGGAUAGUAUUACUAUAUAUACGUGAAACCGAAUCUGUCGAUUUUGAUAUAUGGAAUGAAAAAAUUAUUUUAACACCUAUACUAUUUACUGCAUUUUGGAACAUAGCUGAUCCUUGGACACGGAUGAUUGUGAGUAUGGCGUCUAUGCCACGUUUAAUAGGAAUAAUAGGAAUAAUUCUCUUGGUAAUUGGAAUUAUAGCAUCCGGGUAUCUUGCAACGGGCGGGGUUGGUGCUUAUUUGGCCAGCACCAGUGCAGGUGCAGUGAUGGGUAUAGGUGCCAGUUUCAUUAUUCUAUUAAGUGACUAUGUUUUAAGGAAAUACUUCAGAAGGAAACUUCAUUUAGCAUUGACGUUGAAAAACAUUGGUGUUUCAUUCGGUCUUUUACUCAUUCCAAGUAUAACAAAUUUGCUGUUGCAUGAAGCUAAAUUGAAAACUGGUUUACAAUUGAUAACCACGAUAUUAUUGCCUACUGUAUUUGGAAUAUUGACUUUUCGGUUGCCUCCUGUUCAACAAACUUCUCCAUACAGUCUUCUUUUAUCAACUGAAGAUGAUACUGAACUUCCUAUAAGAAUUUCUUCGAAUCUUCCUGAAAACUCACAAUAUGAGAAUAAUCAAGAUAACAUAGAAAAUUUCCAAUAUGGUCAAGCUGAUGAAAAAAUAAAUGCAGGAGGAUUUUUAAAUGAAGGAAAUAAUAUUUAUGCCUAUGAGGAUUUAGAUGAAGACAUAGAUCUAUUUGUAAAUCCAGUAGUCCAUUUGGACAACAAAUGGAAACAACAAUUUCGAGUUCUUAAGGAUUUUCGAUUUUGGGCUGCAAUAAUCGGCUGGAUUGGAAUGAAAACAUCUAUUCUUUUCUUUUGGCUUUUAUUACCAAUUUUAUCGUAUGACAUCGUAAAUAACUUUAAGCUUUCGAUAUUUUUAUCUAUCUUGGCUGGAUUUAGUACUUUUUUAUCGAAUCUAAUUAGUUACAAAGUAUUAAAGUUUACAAAUCAAACUAGAAGAUUAUAUUUUGGCAUAGCAUCUUUGUUUUGUAGUGUUAGUUUAAUAGGUCUAACUCAUGCAACUAACUAUUUAUGGAUAAUGAUUUUUACAUUUCUUGGUGGUAUUAGUAUUGGUAGUUUAUCAAGUUGUCAGGAUUCGUCUUUGUAUGAUGUUCUUGGUAUUGAAAUGAUACGUUCCAUUUACAAAGGAUUUUCAACCAUUGUAGGUUUAUGCAUUCUUGGUUUUUGCUUUAUACAUAAUACAAUUUUUUGUUUGAGUCUCAUUGCGCUAUUACAAUUUCUCGGUGGACUUUAUUGGAUCUCGUCGCCAACUUUGAAUUUAAUUAAAGCUACUCGUUAUAGAUCUCAUAAAAUUAGAGUUAACGAAGACGAAAUAUGAUGUAAAAUUAAUAUGCAUAGAUAUUUAAAAAUUACUGUAAU